CUUCACUUAAACCAGAAAAACAGAGAAAGAGAAAGGGUAAGUAAAAUCAGAGAUAUUUCUCAAUCAAUGUCAGCUUCAGUGGCUGCAACAGCAACACCAUCAACAACAGCUACAACGUUUAUAAAGUGUGUCACUGUUGGCGAUGGAGCUGUGGGCAAAACUUGUCUUCUUAUCUCCUACACCAGCAACACUUUUCCUACUGAUUAUGUUCCAACAGUGUUCGACAAUUUUAGUGCAAAUGUUUUAGUCGAUGGCAAAACUGUCAAUCUGGGUCUCUGGGAUACUGCUGGUCAAGAAGACUACAAUAGGCUUAGACCAUUGAGUUACAGAGGAGCAGAUGUUUUCAUUCUUGCUUUCUCACUUAUUAGCAGGCCUAGCUUUGAGAACAUUGCUAAAAAGUGGGUUCCCGAGCUGAGACAUUAUGCCCCAACCGUGCCUAUUGUUCUUGUGGGAACCAAAUUAGAUCUAAGAGACGACAAGCAGUUCCCAAUGAAUUAUCCAGGUGCUUGCACAAUCUCCACAGAACAAGGUCAAGAACUAAGAAAGGAGAUAGGAGCAUUAGCAUAUAUUGAGUGCAGCUCAAAAACACAACUGAAUGUAAAAGCCGUAUUUGAUGCAGCCAUAAAAGUAGUAUUACAGCCUCCUUCAAAGACUAAGAAGCAAAAGAGAAAGAUUGGUUUAUGCCAUGUUCUUUGACUGGUGUGUACUCAAGUCUCUGGCUUUGGUUUCUUUUAAAUCUUUUUUAGUGUGUUUCUUCUAUGAACGACUGUUGCAGAUCAAAAUCUGCAGAUUAGUAUGAUUCAUUAUAGGAGUUUGAUCUUGUAGUAGUGAGAGUGGUAACAGAGUUUUGAUCUUUUAAGCUAAGUCUCAUCUAUGUAAAAUAGUCAUCUUUGAGUUUUCCUUGUUUUGGUUUUGAGUUGGAUUCUAUCUCUAACAGUAUGAUUAGCUAUCUUCGUUAUAAAAGUUUGAUCAUGUA